AUGAAUGGGAGACAGACCAGCGAGUUCCAGCAAGCCAUGAUGAUACACAACGCUGCCUCUAUUGGAAGUGAGUUCUGUCGGAAUUUGACUGACGUAAACCACGUAUCUCACUACCUCAAUGUUAACAUGGCUGGAUUUGUUGCUCUGAAUGCCCAGUUUAUGCAGGAGUUUAAAGAUGUCCCUUCCAAGGUGGUUAUCAACAUAACGUCCGACUAUGCAGUGCAACCUUUGGCCAGCUGGGGACUGUAUUGCUCAGGCAAGGCUUUCCGGGAAAUGUUCAUGAAGACCCUGGCACUGGAGCAACCCGACUUCCGGGUGUUGAGCUAUAGCCCAGGAAGUGUUGACACCGACAUGUUCUACAAAGAGGGGAUCCAGGAAACGAAAGAUGUAAACGUUGUUAAAUCCUUAAGAGACGCGGAGAAGCAUAUCCUUACUCCAGACACUACAGUAAAGAGACUCAUCGCCGCACUGGACAAAAACGUCUUUGAAAGUGGAGCUUGUAUUCAUUACUAUGAUGAUUAGUACCAUCGGGCUGGC